GUCUACCAUCGCGACCUCCACUCCAGGAACGUCAUCAUCGACGAGGGCACCACGCCUGAGCAGGAGAGAGUUGUGCUGAUCGACUUCGGCAGCGCACCCAACAUGGAGAUCCCGAAGAUGCUCCCCAAGGCCACCCCGCCCUGGCAGAGGUCCCCGGGCUCCAGGAGCUCCGUCACGCCCUUCGCCGGCGCGAUGCCCUUCCUGACGAGCGUCACGGAGGAGAGCUUCUGCGCGGAGUCGCCUCUCCGCAACAGCUCCAACGGCUCUGUUUCCACGACGAGCGCCACGGACGAGCGCCCCGGGAGCACGUGCUCCCUCUUCGCCGGCGAGUGCACGAUGCCUCUCAUUAUGCCGCCGGAGGAGGCGCCGCAUGGGCCCGGCAGCGCAGGCAAGCGCGACGCGUUCGCGCUGGGCCUGCUGCUUGCGGGGCUGGUGCGGCGCAAGAACACGGAGACGCGCGACAUGUACGACGAGAAGUGCACCCUCAG